AUGGACGGGCCUGCCAUCAUCUCCGCACGCGCCCCCGACCCUUUGCCCGCAGCGCCUCUGAGCGGGAGCACCCCGCCCAUGCUGGGCUCCUACGGCGCUUCGCAUCCGGCGUUCGGGUCGGGGGCGGCCAUGAACCACCACGGGAUGGCAUACGUCGCGAUGCCGGCGGGCAUGAUGGCCCUCUACGCGCCCGCCGGGGGCAUCGUCUACGCCGCUCCUCCUCCCGCCAGGUGUGGGCCGAGCACUACGGACCCAGCGUCGCACGUGGCGGGCGGCGGCGGUCAUGGCUUCUCGUUCAUGCAGGGCAGCGGGGCAGCCAGCAGCAACGACGCAGAGGACUCGUUCGCCUUCGUGAAGGACGAAAUGAAAGCGAAAGCCGGCAAGAAAUAA